AUGUCAUCUGAAAUUAAGACUAUCUUUACUGGUUUGGGACCUCUUCCUCGUCCUGCCCCUAAACCAGCUGCCAACGUUCUUGACUUGUUCUCUCUUAAGAAUAAGGUGGCUGUCAUUUCUGGCUCUUCUACUGGCAUUGGCUAUGCUGUAGCUGAGGCCUAUGCUCAAGCAGGUGGUGACGUUGCCAUUUGGUACAAUUCGCACAAUGCUGACGAUAAGGCCAAGGCUUUAGCUGAAAAGUACGGUAUUAAGGCUAAAGCAUAUAAGGUUCAAGUCACGGACUCUGAUGCCGUAGAAAAGGCUAUUAAGCAAGCAAAGGAAGACUUUGGCAAGAUUGACAUUUUCGUUGCCAAUGCUGGCGUUCCUUGGACAGCUGGUCCUCUAAUUGACCCUGAAGACCACUCAGAAUGGAACAAGGUCAUUAACCUCGAUCUCAAUGGUGCUUACUACUGCGCUAAGUUUGUAGGUCGCAUCUUCAAGGAACAGGGCUUUGGAUCCCUGAUUUUCACAUCUUCCAUGUCGGGUCACAUUGUUAACUUUCCUCAACUCCAGGCAUGUUACAAUGCAGCCAAGGCUGCCGUUCGCCACUUAUCUGUGUCUCUAGCUGUCGAAUGGGCUGGUUUUGCUCGUGUUAACUCUAUUUCUCCUGGCUAUAUUGCUACUGAGAUUUCUGACUUUGUCCCUCGAGAGACAAAGGAAAAAUGGUGGAGCUAUACUCCCUUGGGCCGUGAAGGUGAGCCACAAGAGCUUGUUGGCGCGUACUUAUAUCUGGCAUCUGAUGCUUCCACUUAUACCACUGGUGCCGAUAUCAGAGUUGACGGUGGUUACACUGCUCCUUAA